AGAAAGGUAUAAAUACCAUCGCUUCUUAUUUGCCUUUGAAGUGUAACACAAAAAAUGCUACGUUUGUUACUCAUUGCAGGAUGCGUUGCGUGUAUAUUUGGGAAACCAAAUGACUGGGUGGAAGACAAUGAUUACGACCGAGACCGAGCACACGCAUACAUCGCGAGAUCAUCAUCAUCAUCAAACGUAAACCCGGACGAAGCAACAGCAUCCUUCUGGAAUUCACAGGCUGACAAAACGAUAGCGGACCGUUUAAAAAACACUAUAAAUACAAAUGUCGCAAAAAAUGUAAUACUCUUCCUCGGUGACGGAAUGUCAAUUACCACACUUGCAGCUUCGAGAAUGCAUAUGGGACAACGAAACAACGAGAACGGGGAGCAAUCGCAGCUUUCUUUCGAGAAGUUCCCGUACACUGGUCUGUCGAAGACGUACUGUGUUGAUCGACAAGUCGCCGACUCUGCAUGCUCCGCCACGGCGUACCUCUGCGGAGUAAAAGCAAACGAAGGAACGUCUGGUGUAACCGCUAAGGUGUUGAGAAAAGAUUGCAAAGCAAUGAUGGAUAAGGCGAACCACGUUUAUUCUGUCGCGCAUUAUUCUCAGUUAAAGGGAAAACGAACGGGGCUUGUUACGACAACUAGAGUAACGCACGCGUCUCCAUCAGCCGUCUACGCGCACACCGCCUAUAGAGAAUGGGAGGGAGAUAGUGAUAUUGCGAGGGAUAAUGAAGACACCAACGCGUGCGACGAUAUAGCGGAACAGUUAGUUAACGGGGACACUGGGAAGAAUCUCAAUGUUAUUUUCGGAGGAGGAAGAGAAAAGUUUACGCCAAACACCGAAGUUGAUCCGACAAACAACAAGGGGUCCCGAUUAGAUGGAAAGAAUUUGAUUAACGAGUGGAAGCAAAAGAGAGGGAGUGCCAAACACCAGUACGUUCACGAUCGUGCUGGAUUACAAGGUAUUGCAAACGACACCGAGUAUGCCUUAGGACUGUUCAGUACCGGCCACAUGGACUACAAUCUACUCAGAAAUAAAGAAGUGCAACCCUCCCUAGAGGAAAUGACAGUGAAGGCCAUCAGGCUACUGUCACAAGGCGACAAAGGCUUUUUCCUGUUCGUAGAAGGUGGCCUUAUUGACUUUGGUCAUCAUGCCAAUCAGGCACGUAUAGCUUUAGAUGAAACCAUCGAGUUCCAGAAGGCCAUUCAGGCAGCCGUAGACAUAACGAAUGAGCAAGACACGUUAAUUGUGGUCACCUCGGACCACGCACAUACAAUGACACUGAAUGGUUAUCCCGAAAGGGGCAACGACGUUUUGGGUUUCGGUGGUAAAGGUACAGACGGAAUUGAUUACACGACAUUGAGCUACGCUAACGGACCGUCGGCUUCAGUAAAGAGCGAAAGAUCCGACCCCUCCAAAGCCGAUCUUAGUAAACCAGAGACAAGAUUCCCAAGCCUUGUUCCUAUUAAGUACGAAACGCACGGCGGUGAGGAUGUUGGUAUAUUUGCACGUGGCCCGUGGGCUCAUCUUUUGACUGGCGUAACGGAACAGAACGUUAUUCCUCACGUACUCAAAUAUGCAUCGUGUGUGGGUACCGUCGACGGAAAGUGCGCUGGCCAAUAAUCAUUUUAGUAAUUACGUAACACAAAGAAAUUAUGCAGAUACUUUUAAUUAUUAAAAUUAUUAUUUAAAUUAUUUGUUAGACAAAUAAAUUUUCUUAGUUUUUUGUUGA